AGGGGCUCAGACUCAACGGUGUGUUCUAACAGGAAGACUGAUUUCUAUCUCAAGUACUGUGCCUAAAAGCUCUGGAAAAUGUGUAAGGGAUUAGCUGCCUUACCUCAAACCUGUCUUGAAAGGGCAAAGGAGAUCAAGACAAAGUUGGGUGUUUUACUGCAGAAGCCAGAAAAUGCCAUCGACCUCAUCAUUCCUUACUCGGAGAAGCCGGAGAAGAAGCCGGAGAAGCUGCAGAAGCCUACUCCGGAGGAGGCUGCUUUCUGGCGGGAGAGUCUGGAACGAGUCCUCAACAACAGCUAUGGCCAGGCCGCUUUCCGAAGCUUCCUGCAGUCGGAGUUCAGCGAUGAGAACAUCGAGUUCUGGAUGGCCUGCGAGGACUUUAAAAAGACCAAGGACCCAGUGAAACUGUCGGCCAAGGCCAAGAAGAUCUACGAGGACUACAUCCAGUCGGAGGGACCGAGAGAGGUGAACAUUGACCACUUCACAAAGGAUGUGACCCUGAGGAACCUGGUGGACCUCUCCCACGGGACCUUUGACUUGGCCCAGAAGAGGAUCUUCGCCCUGAUGGAGAAGGACUCCUUCGGCCGCUUCCUGCGGUCCGAUCAGUACCAAGAGCUCCUGGUCAACUAAAGCCUGAGCGGGAGCCUGAGAGACUGGGGUGGGGAGGCAGUGCGGUUUCAAACAGCAGGACAAAUAUUGGGACUUUAAAAAAAAAAGUGUUUCAAAUAAACUAGCAUUGUGUACGAGCGCACACAAGAGCUGACAAAAAAAAUACAAAAAAAAAGAAUGUUUUGAAGCAAAGAGAAGGACUGCCUUUUGAAAUAGCCCCACCUCCCCAUCUCUGUCUUUCUGUAGUUGUGAGGACACUCAGACACAAUCUCAACUCGGUGUGAGACAUCAACCCAUCUAAUCCUAACUUCAAGUUUUUAACCUCCUCACAACUGUAGAAAGACACACACACACACACACAAACACACUCACUCCAAAAUUACAGCAGACAACAAUUAGUAACACAAGUCCAGUCAAAUGACAACAUGAACAGAUUUGGAUGCUUGUGCAAAUGAUGUAAAUGUAACACAGCAUCACAGUUACAGCUGGACCUUUUUUUUUCCACCGCGACACUUUGAUGCUUCCGUAUAAAAUCAAUUGUGCGACACUCUUUCCGGCCAAUUGGGUGCACUUCCCCUGAUGCCCAACAGGGGACACGUCAAUAAGUGAAUUUGCUCAUAUCUGACUCAGUGUUAUGUCGUCCAAACCCCCGGGGCAAGAUGAAAUAUGACUACAUCGGCUUUUAUUUUUUUUUAACCCAAAACGAUUCCACAUAAUGCACAAUGAUGUUUGGAUGUUUGAAGUAAAAAGCAUGGCCCAGUUUUGUCUUUGUCCUUCGUGUCUUAUGGAGACAGGGGGGAUUUAUUGUUUCUCCAGAAAUGGAAAAAACUGUAAAUGCCAACUAUUUGCUCAUGAAUGUAUUUGUUGAUUAACUCCAGUAAGGACCAACAUAUUAUUAAGGCAUGAUGAUCACGUCACUGUCAUUUUUUUUUGUUUUUUUUGUUUGUUUCUUUGUCUCUUCCACGCGCUCACACUCGCUCACACUCGCUCACACACACACACUGGUUUGGUUGUGAGGCGUCCUGUGAGAGCAGUUCCUUGAGAACAGUACAGACUAGUUGGCUCAGUGGUCGAGCUCCUUGGCUGCCACUUGACUGCACGUUGCUAAGAUGGGAAAAUCAAGUAGGAGGGAAUCUGAGAAACGAAAAGUGAACUGAGCAGUAGUUUCAAACAAAGCAUGGUCUUUUUCCCAUGUGAAAUACCAAAGCAGUCUGUAUGCUAAAAAUGUUAAUAAUAAAGGCCCAGACAUGGUA